ACGACGGUAGUUUCGAACAGAAUCUUCGUAGAUCCGUUGGCGGCACAGGUGUGUUCUUUCUCACUUGUGUGUGAACUYGCCUUUGAUUGAUUGGUCUGUACUCCAUUCUUUUCCUUGCUUUCUUCUCCUCCUACCUAGUAUAUAUCCUAGCGUACUAGAAAAUCUUCCACUCCUGGCAAGAAGACAAUAGACAGGAGGAGGGAUAAGAGAGGGAUCCAUGCUUUCUUCUCCUCCCUAGUACGUCCUAGCCUAGUGCAGAAUCGUCCAAUCUUGCGAAGAAGACAAUAGAGAGGAGGAGGAUAAGAGAGGAAAAGGAUAAGGAUAAAAUAUGGCACUUUAUCCACUCUUCAUUCCUGAACCUGCCAUGGAAACAGUGGUAGAUACGUUUCGACACGUGAUAUCCCUGGGCGAUGACGUUUUCACAAUGCUGGACGAGCCAAGUCGGACUUACGUGAGAGAGUCGCAAGCUAUGGCUAACACGGCGGUAGACGUGAAGGAGACCGCGACUUCGUUCGAGUUUGUGGCUGAUCUUCCAGGACUAGGACGUGAGGAGGUGAAGGUGCAGGUGGAAAACGGCAACGCGCUGCUAAUCAGCGGAGAAAGACAUAGGGAGAGCAGAAAAGGAGAGCCAGGGGACAAGUACCAUCGAAUCGAGCGGAGCACGGGGAGAUUCAUGCGUCGUUUCGUACUACCUGAGAAUGCGGAUCUGGAUAAGAUCGGCGCGCAGUGCAAGAAUGGCGUCCUAACGGUCACCGUUCCCAAGAUCCCGCGCACGGAACCGGAGAAGCCGAAGGUCAUCGACGUUCAUAUCAGCUAAACAGAUGAUGACGGUUAGUGGAUCCUCCUCCUGCCACCGAUGGAGAGGGAGGAGGGGUGGGGACACUGGGGAGUUGAGGGAGGAAGACUCGGAUGCGUAAAAGGGAGGGGCACAUAGAAGCUAGGCACGUGAUUGAUGAUUUUGCUCUCUUGCGGAAUUCGUGUUUCACAGUUGAGCACGUGAUUGAUGAGGCCCCGAAGGCAAAAUCAUAAAAGCUAGAUUGAACGCGGUGGUACCGUCACGGUGGUGGGAGGUAACCGAACGACGUUACGACGGACGGUUGAGGCCCCGAAGGGCCAAACAUCGAGCAACUAUUUAAAUCUCUCUCUCUCUCUCUCUCUCUCUCUCUCUCUCUCUCUCUCUCUCUCUCUCUCUCUCUCGGCCCCCCAUAUCUAUCUAUCUAUCUAUCUAUCUAUCUAUCUAUCUCU